CCCUAACCUAUAUUCAUCCACCAUAAUUACUUUCAACAUUCCCUUUCCAAAAAUCACCAUGUUGGAAUUCAUCAAUCAAACCACCAAUUUGCUCCUUUUCAUGCCACUAAUGACCUCAAUAAUCUUCAUCAUCUUGCUAAAAAUCUUGACAUUAAAACGUCGCCAAAAGGUCUUCGUAGUGGAUUUCAGCUGUUACAAACCUAGAGUGACCGAAAUGUUUAGUAAAGAAAAAGCCAUAGAACGUGCUAAACUCUACGGAUACCAAACCGAGAAAACAAUCGAAUCCAUGAAGAUGAUGAUGGACAAAGCCGGGUUGGGUGAUUCCACCUAUCUGCCGAACAAUCUGAUGCGAGUUCCUCACGACUUGUCGUUAUCAUCAUCCCGGGAAGAGACCGAAAGGGUUAUGUUUGGAGCCAUUGACGAGUUAUUGUCAAAGACCAAAGUGAAAGCACAGGAUAUUGGGAUUUUGGUCGUGAAUUGCUCUCUUUUUCAAGUAGUUCCUUCGCUUUCGUGCACUAUCGUGAAUCGUUACAAGUUAAGGGAUAAUAUUGCUAGUUAUAGCCUCAGUGGCAUGGGCUGCACCUGUGGACUUAUAGCUGUUGGUCUGGUAAAUCAACUCCUCCAGGUUCACAAAAAUACAUACGCUUUAGUAGUGAGUACAGAAAACAUAUCAGGGCAAUACUACAAAGGAAACGAUCGUCGAAAAGUUGCCGUGAACUGCCUAUUCCGGCUAGGUGGAACGGCGAUCCUGUUAUCAAACAAGCCGUCGGAUCUCAAAAGAUCAAAAUAUCAGCUCAUCCAUACCGUCCAAACACACACGGCAAGUUCCGACGCAUCCUACAGAUGCAUAUUCCAGGAAGAAGACGAAGAAGGCAACGUGGGGGUCACUAUUAACAAAGAUUUAUUGGUCUCAGCAGCCAACGCCAUUAAACUAAACCUAACUUCACUUGCUCCUUUAAUCCUCCCAUUAUCCGAAAAACUCGUCGUCCUGAGAAAACUCAUUACGAGAAAACUCUUCAAAUCUAAGAACGCGAAGCCCUACAUCCCGAAUUUCAGCAAAGGGAUUGAUCAUUUCUUCCCGCAUGUGGGCGGGAAGCCGGUGUUGGAUGACUUGCAGAAUAAGUUGGGAUUCAGUGACGUGGCGAUGGAAGCUUCCAGGAUGACGCUUUACCGGUUCGGCAACACUUCGAGUAGUUCGGUUUGGUAUGCACUGGCUUAUGCUGAGGCAAAAGGGCGGAUUAAGAAAGGCGAUUUGUUGUGGCAGAUGGCUUUUGGUUCCGGGUUUAAGUGCAGUAGUGUGAUCUGGCGGGCCAUGAAAUUCGUGGAGUUUGAGGAAUCCAAUCCUUGGAGUGACGAAAUACAUAAUUUUCCUCAAAAUUUGGAUCACAUAAUACCUGUAACUCGAGAAGACUACCACCUUGAGCAGUCGAAAUGAUCAAACCAAUAUGUAUGGGAUUUUCGGCUUUUCUUCUCUUAAUAUAAUGUGUCGUUUGUGUAUCACAACCUAAAAAAUUAGUCCUAUUAAUUAUUUAAUAUUUACUACCGAAAAAAAAAAAGACUACUUUCCGGAAUGGAGAAAUAUAAUUAAUGCACUUGUGAUAGCUUGAUCGUUUUAGGUUCCGGCCUCUCGAACAUUUUAUUGUACUAUAAAAACUUGAAAUGAGAAAAUGAUGUAAAAUGAUUUUAUG